UUUCUAUGAAGAAGACAAGCACACUUUCCCCCUCAGUUUUCAUUAACACUAAACAUCUAUACUCCUUUGUCAAAAGGUCCUGACUUGGUUAUAUAUUAGCUAUAUCCUGGACCUGGAUAGCUCGUUUUCAAUAAAGUGACAUUAAUAAUUCUGCGGGAACAAUAUUUAAUCCUAGUUAUUACAUCAGGGUCCUGCAUGAUUUUCCAAAGAGUAUUUCGGUUCUUUUAUCGUUUGGGUUUUUAGGAUUAACAAUCCCAAACCCGUGACACUGGCCCUGCCUCAAACACAGGGCGGAGAGCCAGCAGCACACUACGAGCUAUCAUUACGUUCAGAUAAAACAAAACCAGUUACAUCUGUAAAUAAGAAACAGUGGGGUUUUUAAGGCUCAAUUACAGUAGGUAAUAACGAUUUAAUGGCGUUUUGUGAGGGACACCUUCAGUAAUACUAUCUCUGUCUCACAGCAGAGCGAGCUGGUGGACGCUAAGGAGACAACGCUAGCUAAAAUAAACUAAGCUAAGCUAAGCUAUCUGACAUUUCGGAUUGUUAUGACGGUGGGCAAUUUACACCAUGAAAGAAAGUUUUUAUCUUACGUAAAACGACUUUGUGACCUUUUUACACGUUCUAGGAAAGCUCGGAAAGUAACGGUCGAUAUUCUUUGCUACCUGGCUAUAGCUGGUUUCAUAGCAUAGCUAAACAUAAACAGCUAUCUUAUCUUAGUUUAGCCUAGUUGACCUCAUCGUCUUUUAGCUUAGCUUAGCCAGCGCCAGACAUAAUGGCGUACACUCUCAUACUCAGACUCGGCAGAACGUCAUACUGCGUACAGCACACAUUAAGUCGCGUAAAUGUCACCUUGCCCCCGCGAACACCAGCCAUGCGGGGACCCGGUCCCGGGUUAGUUGGAUUAAGUAACGGCCCAGUAGCGGACUGGACCCGAACUCGAGGUUUCCGCGUUGGAGUUCAGUUCAGAAGUUCCGUUAAGGACCGCGGUACGAACCAGGCGUCGGUCGCGGAGAGCAAGCGGUCUUCAGGAGGGUCCGCGGCGCACAAAGUUAAGCAGGCGGGCACAGACUUCACCUACUUGGUCGUGGUGCUCGUUGGUCUUGGAGUUACAGGAGGACUUCUCUAUGUCAUCUUUCAAGAACUGUUUUCAUCGUCAAGUCCAAGCAAACUCUAUGGAAAGGCUUUUGACAAAUGCAGAACACACCCAGAGGUAAUUGGAGCGUUUGGUGAACCCAUUAAAGGCUACGGGGAAACCACUCGCCGUGGCCGGAGACAACAAGUUAGUCAUAUUGAAUACUUGAAGGACGGUCAGAAGCACAUGAGACUGAAGUUUUAUAUCGAGGGUUCUGAACCAGGACUACAUGGAACUGUACAUUCAGAAUCAAAACAGAAUCCUGAAACUGGAAAAUAUGAAUUCCGCUACAUAUUUGUGGAUAUAGAUACAUAUCCAAGGAGGACCAUCGUUGUCGAGGACAAUAGAUGAGAUUGUUUUCAGGAGAAUAUAUGAGUGAAACAGAUGUGCCGUCUUUAAAAGUGUGUGUGUGUGUGUGUCUUUCAUUGUUCUGACUGUCAUUGGAUAUGUUUUGGGGACACUAAUAUGAUUUUUGACAGUAAAUGAAUUAAACAUCUAAAGUAAUUUUGGUGAUA